AUGACUCCACCGGCGGCGGCGGCUGCUCCCCAAGUGGCCCUGCUAACAAGCGCUGGCAUGGGCCACCUCACGCCGUUCCUCCGGCUCGCCGCCGCGCUGGCCUCGCGCGGCUGCGGCGUCACUUUCAUCACGCCCACGCCGGUGGUCUCCGCCGCCGAGGCCCGCCAUGUCUCCGACUUAGUCGCCUCCUCCGACGGCGUUCGGCCGCUGGAGUUCCCCCUUCUCCCCUUCGACUCCUCCUCCGCGGCCUCCACCGACCCCUUCUUCCUCCAGUUCGAGGCCAUCCGCCGCUCCGCCGCACUCCUCGGGCCGCUCCUCUCCUCCGCCGCUCCUCGACUGUCAGCGCUCAUCUGCGACGUCAGCCUCAUCUCUGCCGUGCUCCCCGUCGCCGCCGCCGUCCCCCUUCCAACCUACGUCCUCUUCACCUCCUCCGCCAAGAUGCUCUCCCUAUGCGUCUCCUUCCCGCAAAUCGCCGCCGCCUCCCUGCCGGCGAUCUUGAAGAUCCCCGGGCUAGCGGAGGAUCUCCCCCUGCGCUCCAUCCCGCGGCCGCUCCGUGACCCGGGGAAUCUCUUCACGACCCAGUUCGUGGAGAACGGGAAGGUGAUGCCCCAUGCAGACGGCAUUGUCAUCAACACCUGGGAGGCCCUCGAGCCGGCCACUCUGGCGGCGCUCAACACCGGCAAGGUAGUCCCCGGCCUCCCGCCGGUGGUCGCCAUCGGCCCGCUCCUCCCGGAGCACUCCCAACCCAACUCUGGCGGCGGCGACGAAGACUCGCUCGCGUGGCUCGACGGCCAGCCGACUGGUUCCGUCGUCUACUUGAGCUUCGGCAGCCGUACGGCGCUGUCGCCGGAGCAGACGCGGGAACUGGCCGCGGGCUUGGAGAGCAGCGGUUGCCAGUUCCUGUGGGUCGUGAAGACGAAGAAGCUUGACAAGGAAGAGCAGGAGGAGCAGGCCAUGGAGGAGCUGUUCGGAGAUGGGUUCCUCCGGCGGGUGGAGGGGAGGGGGAGGGUGGUGAAGGGGUGGGUCGACCAGGGGGCCAUCCUAACCCACCCCGCCGUGGGGGGCUUCGUCAGCCACUGUGGGUGGAACUCGGUGACGGAGGCGGCACUGCGGGGGAUACGGGUGCUGGCCUGGCCCCAGCUGGGCGACCAGCGGAUCAACGCCGGCGUGGUGGAGAAGAGCGGCCUCGGAGAAUGGCCCAUGGAGUGGGGUUGGGAAGGAGAGAGGGUGCUGGUUCAAGGGGAGGAGAUCGGCCGGCGGCUAAGGAGGUUCAUGGCGAGCCCAGCCGCCGCUGCUGCGAAGGUGAAGGAUGAGACCGUUCGGGCGGCGGCCGCCGGUGGACUGGAGAGCCUCAUUGCGAGGUUCACGAAGAGCAGACCUACAUAA